CUCAGGCGAAGGAGGGCGAGGAGGAAGCGGUGCCGGAGCGCGCAGGGCUUGUCGCCGCCGCUGCUGCUGCUGCUGCACAGGCUGCCGGAGCGAGCCCGCCGCGCGCCGUCCUCCCUGCUCUCCUUCCCGGGCGAGCCGCGGGGAUGAGGCGGCCUCGGGAGCCCGAGCGCGCGCAGGAGCCGCCGCCGCUGCCGCCGCCCGCGUCUCCGUCGCCGCGCGCCUGAGCCGCCGUCGCCGCCGCGCGCCCUACCCGGGGGCGGCCCCCCCAGCCCCAUGGAGGUCUCCGGGAGGAAGGCGCCGCCGCGCCCCCCGCGCCCCGCCGCGCCGCUGCCCCUGCUCGCCUAUCUGUUGGCGCUGGCGGCGCCCGCCCGGGGCGCGGACGAGCCGGUGUGGCGAUCGGAGCAAGCCAUCGGAGCCAUCGCGGCGAGCCGGGAGAACGGCGUGUUCGUGGCCAGCGGCAGCUGCCUGGACCAGCUGGACUACAGCCUGAAGCACAGGCUCUCCCGCCUGUACCGGGACCAAGCCGGCAACUGCACGGAGCCCGUCUCGUUGGCGCCCCCCGCGCGGCCCCGGCCCGGGAGCAGCUUCAGCAAGCUGCUGUUGCCCUACCGCGAGGGGGCGGCCGGCCUCGAGGGGCUGCUGCUCACGGGUUGGACCUUCGAUCGGGGCGCUUGCGAGGUGCGGCCCCUGGGCAACCUGAGCCGCGGCUCCCUGCGCAACGGCACCGAGGUGGUGUCUUGUCACCCGCAAGGCUCGACGGCCGGCGUAGUGUACCGUGCGGGCGACAACCACCUCUGGUACCUGGCCGUGGCCGCCACGUACGUGUUGCCCGAGCCCGAGACCGCGAGCCGCUGCAACCCUGCGGCAUCCGAUCGCGGCACUGCCAUCGCACUCAAGAACACCGAGUCGCGCAGCCUGCCCACGCAGGAGCUGGGCCGCCUUAAACUGCGCUAUGGUGCGGGCAGCCUGCACUUCGUGGACGCCUUUCUCUGGAACGGCAGCGUCUACUUCCCCUACUACCCCUACAACUACACGAGCGGCGCCGCCACCGGCUGGCCCAGCAUGGCGCGCAUCGCACAGAGCACCGAGGUGCUGUUCCAGGGCCAGGCGGCCCUCGACUGCGGCCACGGCCACCCCGACGGUCGCCGCCUGCUCCUUUCCUCCAGCCUGGUGGAGGCCCUGGACAUCUGGGCCGGCGUGUUCAGCGCGGCCACGGGAGAGGGCCAGGAGAAACGCUCCCCCGCCACCACCGCGCUCUGCCUCUUCAGGAUGAGUGAGAUCCAGGCGCGCGCCAAGAGCUGCAGCUGGGACUUCGAGACGACCCAGCACAACUGCACUUCCUCGCUUCGUAUGCUAUCAGUGGGCGUGCGGGUUGGACCCUCUUGGUCAACACAGUUCUCAAACAGUGCCUUUGGCAGAGAAGCCAUUGAACCUAAAGGGCGCACUGCCACACCCCAGCCUUUGUGCCCCCACCCCUACCCCCAGCGGCAACACAUGUGA